GUCUCAAUCUGUGCACCAGCGGAAGCGCCACGUCCUGUGAAGAGUGUCUCCUCAUCCACCCCAAGUGUGCCUGGUGCUCCAAGGAGGAGUUCGGCAGUACAAAGUCCAUCAUGUCACGGUGUGACUUCCUGCAGAAUCUGAUUGCAAACGGUUGUUUCGGAGCCAUUGAGAACCCCAGCAGCAGCAUCAGCGUGGUGAAGAACAUCCCUCUGAGCAGCAAAGGCUCUGUCCAGAUCCACCAGGACGUCACACAGAUCAUGCCUCAGAAAGUCGCCUUGAAUCUUCGUCCUGGUGACCAGACCUCCUUCCGCGUUCAGGUCCGGCAGGUGGAGGACUAUCCCGUGGACCUCUACUACCUGAUGGACCUCUCCCUGUCCAUGAACGACGACCUAGACAAUAUUCGCAAUCUGGGAACCAAGCUCGCUGAAGAGAUGCGAAAGCUCACUAGCAAUUUCCGGCUGGGCUUUGGCUCUUUUGUGGACAAAAACAUUUCUCCUUUCUCCUACACGGCACCAAGAUACCAAAACAACCCCUGCAUUGGUUACAAGCUGUUCCCCAGCUGUGUCCCUUCCUUUGGCUUCCGCCACCUCUUGUCCCUAACGGAUAAAGUCGACCGUUUCAACGAAGAAGUUCAGAAGCAGAAGGUUUCCCGCAACCGAGAUGCUCCGGAGGGCGGUUUCGAUGCCAUUUUGCAGGCUGCAGUGUGCAAGGAGAAGAUCGGUUGGCGUAAGGAGGCGUCUCACCUGCUGGUCUUCACAACAGAUGACGUGCCCCACAUAGCCCUGGAUGGCAAGCUGGGUGGGCUGGUGCAGCCCCAUGAUGGCCAGUGUCACCUGAAUGAAGCCAACGAGUACAGCGCAUCCAGCCAGCUGGAUUAUCCUUCCUUGGCGCUUCUUGGGGAGAAACUGGCUGAAAACAACAUCCAUCUGAUUUUCGCCGUUACAAAAAGUCAUUAUGUCCUGUACAAGAACUUCACCGCCUUGAUUCCUGGGACAACAGUGGAGAUUUUGCACAAAGACUCCAAGAAUAUCAUUGAGCUGAUUGUCAAGGCCUACAAUAGCAUUCGGUCCAAGGUGGAGCUCACAGUCUGGGACAGCCCUGAGGACAUUGGCUUGACCUUCACUGCCACAUGUCAGGAUGGAUUGUCCUAUCCUGGGCUCAGGAAGUGUGGGGAUCUUAAAAUAGGAGAUACG